AUGGCCGUGGGGCAGAUCACCAACCAGCUGGUGUUACUAUGUCACGAUUCUCACAGGUCUCCCAAUAACAGCUGCGCUAAGUUAAGCUAUAGAGCGAACGAAGGGGAGAGAUACCGCUUGCAGGGCGGAAGGCACCGUACAGUGACGCGACCUUCAGCAAUAGGCGGGUCCACACAGAGCGAGCAGCCUCGCGAGGAAACUUAUCGCGACGCGGCCGCGCGCGGUAAGUCCGAACCUCCAGUGUGCGCGCGACAAACGAGUGAGGCGCCUUUGAGCAAAUCAAAAAGCCGACACUCGAUGGCUCGGGCCCUCGGACGCUCGCUCGCGGCAGCGCGCACGCUUGCCUCGGCCGGGCACGUCCACACUAACCGAGCAGCGACGCUGCUCGCUCUGUGUGGACGCGCCUAG